AUGUCUCUCAACGAUUGGAAAAAUGAAAAAGCAAUGCUCGAAUAAAGAAAUCAAUUUCUAUACAUGCAAAUUCAAGAGAUAAAAGAAAGAGAGGAGCAUCAGAAGAAGUUUAAUGAUACGAUUAUGCAGGCUUGGAAUUAAGGGGAAGGAAGAACCAAUUGUAAAGUGUACAAGGAAAUCUAGAGCACUUUAGAAGAGUACUCAAGAGAACUUAUUGAAGCAAAGAAGAAGAGUUCAAUUGCUAUGAUGAAAUUAGAAAAUGAAAAUACCGAACUCAAAUAUUAAAUACAAUAAUUGGAAUCCAUUUAUCAGUAGAAAAACCAAUUGCACUAAGAGAAGGUUUAGGAAUUGAAAAAAAAGAUUGAAUGCCAAACUAAUAAAGAAAAUGUUGGAGAUAAUUAAUUUGGGUGUAUCGUAAGUGUGAAGAGUAGAACUUGUAGCCAAAAUACAAGCAGGGAAAUAACUAAAUAACGAUCCAAAUAUUAGAAUAAGCCAGAGAUAUUGAAUUGUCGCAACUCAAAUGUCAUGGAAAUUAACACUGAUUUCCUCAAAGAAUAUAGCACUUAAAUAGAAAGUGUUUCACCUUAGGAAAGACAGAAUUUAGCAAUCUAAUUGAAAUAAUUGACUAAAGAAUUAAAAACUACUAAAAAUGAAAUCGAAAAUACCAACUUAUAAACAGCAAAUGAACUGAAAACUGAGAUCAAAUCUAUGCUUAACAAAUUACUCAAGGCUAAAGGUAAGAUGACUGAGAGCAUAGUGGGAAGUGGGAAGGAUUCUGUGCUCAUGUUAAGAGGAAGUCAAUAUAAACCAACAUUAGCUGAUUUCGCAAAACAAUUAAAUGCUGUUAGAUCUAUCGAAACUUUUAAUAUUUUGAAUCCAGGAAAAGCUACAAACAAUUAUUGA